GUACUACAUCAUCGCAUCUGCGCGAGAGGACUCCCUUUGCAGGGGAUACAAACAAGCAGAUGUAGCGGUGUACACACACGGAUACGAUGGAUUUCAAUCUGAAAAAGCUUACUUCGGACGCAGGAGUCUUCUUCACCCGUGCAGUCCAGUUCACCGAAGAGAAGUUGGGCUCUGCAGAGAAGACUGAGCUCGAUGCCCACUUGGAGAACCUGAUUGCCCGCGCCGACUGCACCAAGAACUGGACCGAGAAGAUCUUCAGGCAAACCGAGGUCCUUCUUCAGCCCAACCCAAUUGACCACACUGGUGCACGUAUAGAAGAGUUCUUCUAUGAGAAGUUAGACAAGAAGAUCCCAUCUAGGAUCACUAAUGGAGAACUGCUGGGACAAUAUAUGAUGGACGCUGCUAAGGACUUCGGGCCCGGGACCCCAUAUGGCAGCACACUGAUCACAGUGGGGGAGUACCAGAAAAGACUGGGAGGGGCGGAACGGGAGUUCCUCCAGACUUCGGCCAUCAACUUCCUCACUCCUUUACGCAACUUUCUGGAGGGAGACUGGAGAACCAUAUCUAAAGAGAGGCGUCUCCUGGAGAAUCGGCGGCUGGACCUGGACAUAUGUAAAGCACGAGUAAAGAAAGCCAAGCAAGCGGAAGCUAAGGCAGCGUGUGAGGGGGACGCUGCACCCGAUUUUCAGGAGACUAGGCCUCGAAAUUAUGUUCUGUCUGCGAGCGCAUCUGCGCUGAGCAGUGGCGGCUGGGAUAGUUGGGAUCUUGAAGAGUCCAAAGAGAUGGCCAAUGUGUUGGACCAGAGAAAGCUAUGGAGUGAAGAAGUGGACAAAGCGGAGCAGGAGCUGCGCGUGGCUCAGACAGAGUUUGACAGACAGGCCGAGGUCACCAGGCUGCUCCUGGAGGGCAUCAGCAGUACACAUGUCAAUCACCUGCGCUGUCUGCAUGAGUUUGUGGAGGCCCAGGUCACAUACUAUGCGCAGUGUCACCAGUACAUGCAGGAGCUGCAGAAAGAACUGAGCAGUGCUAACAGUGAUACGUAUCCAAACUCCUUUUCUUCGAAUGCCCACCCCUCCACCACCUGCCCCUCGCCUGUCUCCUCUUCCACCCUUCCAGGGGCCGCACCCCCAGGCCUCAUCACCUCAGGCCCUAACAGCACCCGGGAGCCUGCUGGCCCACUGAAAAUCCAGGAUGUGCAGCCGCCUGCCACAGGCCACCGCAAGGCCAAGGUCCUGUAUGACUAUGACGCCCACGAUGCCAGCGAGCUGUCCCUACUUGCAGAUGAGCUCAUCACUGUCUACACAGUGCCUGGCAUGGACCCUGACUGGCUGGUGGGAGAGAGAGGGAACCAGAAGGGCAAGGUGCCAGUCACCUACCUGGAGCUGCUGAGCUAGGUGGACCCACCAAGGAGCGUGUGUGCACACACGCGCACACACGUACACUGCACACAUGCCUCUGAUCUAGUUUCUUGUGGUGCAUGACACUCUCACGCAUAUACAACUCCUUAGGGCAUCAGAAGGGGGAACAGAAAAAAAUGCUGUGAAUAAUGUCUACGAGCUCCGUAAUGUCUCCUAAAUAGAAAAGGUCAUCCUUGUUUACUAUGUUUUCUAUUUAAGACAAUUUAGUAAUAGCUAGUCAUCACAAUAUAAAAGUAUUACAACCAUCAGUGAUUUUCCUAAUGACAAAUAGUUGUUGAUUAUGUUCACGCAACCCAAGUGACUCAAAAUAGUUUUCUGAAUGGAUCCUAACCCUUAGCUCUUACAUCAACAGUAAAAGUAAUAUGGUGACUCAGAUGACAUUUAGAUCUUAAUCAUUUAGCAGACGAUAAUGUCAUCAUUUUUUGGAUGGCUGUUCUUACCACAAGGAGACUGAGAUACUGCAGUUUUGCACUUGAUUGAGAAACAGCAUUUCCUCAUGUCUGAGUCACAACUGAGUCUCACAAGCAGAUCAUUCAAGGCUAAGAGUUCAGUUUUUAUUUAAACUGUGGUUACAUUCCAUUUUUGUACUAUAUUUACGUGGCUUACAUUUCUCACAUAAGAUUACUGUAAUGUUUGUGAGUGUUCCCCUGUCUUAUGCCCUAUUUGUGAGAAGGACAAAAACAUGGUAACUUUAUUGAACUAACAAAGGUUAUUGCAUCAAAAUAUUGAGUUGAUCUCAGAAGCGUUUUUGAUGUGUGUGACAUUAUUUAUUUUUUGUUUCGGAAUGUUCUCUCUGGUUGCUAAAAACUGAGUGUGAUUCAAGGAUGUGGAAUUUGGGAGGUGUUCAGCAGGCUACCAGCUUAAUGUUGUCUUUUAAAGUUGUUGAUGUUUUGAAAUGGGUGUAUUUGUAUGUAAUAAGUUCUGAUCUUUUGGUUUCCUUUUCUCAAUGAUCUCCCCAUCCUAAUUUGUUAUUGGUCUGUACAAAAGGCCUGUCCCUUUACCAAUGAUAACUGUAUGAUUGGAAUUAAAAUGAAUGACCGCUUGUUUCAACUGAUUAAAAUGAGCAGUGGAUAAUCAGA